AUGGAAAGUGUAGUUCCUAAAUUUUCUCAUGCCACAGAGUCUGGAAACAGCCAUUCAAUAAAAGCUAGACAGACUGCAAUUAAUGUCCCAAAACAUGAUAUUGCAAAUCAUCUGCAAGGAUAUAAAUGUGCAAGAGAACAAAGAGGCUCGUACUCAGAUCUUCAGAUGCAUCCUCUACUGUUCCAGGCUCCUGAAAAUGGAUGUUUGCCAUAUUACCCAUUAAACUGCUGUACUGGUGUACCUGCUUCAUUCAAUUUCACCUCAGGAAAUCAGCCUUUAUUGAAUCUGAGCCUCUCUCAUAUUUCUCGCCGAGCAAAUCCUGCUGUUAAUUACUUAAAUAAAUCUUUGAAGUCGAAGAGGUCUGGUUCGGCAUUGGGCGGUAUUGACUUCCAUCCCUUGCUGCAAAGAACAAAUGAUAUAAAUGGUACCUCAGUAUCUGGAGUACCUUCUGCCCAGCUUUCUGUCAACUUGGAAUCAUUUAGAGGUGAAGCUGCUGAAAUGGGGAAUCCUUCAGACACUGUUCCAUCUAUGCUACAGACUAACAGUGACCAGCUGGCUGCAAGUGAUAAACUAUUUAACCCUCUUGAAAAGGAAAAUGAGCUGGAUUUGGAGAUUCAUUUAAGCUCUACGUCAUCUAGAAAAGAGACAGCCGUGGGAAAUGUAAGUGUGAUUGAUUACAAUCUAGAAAGAUCAAUAGUAAGUGUUCCCAAUUCUAGGACUACAAUGGAAACAGGAAACUGUAGUAGCCCAUGUGAUCAGAAUGGUGAAAAUUGUCCUGCAGCUUCAAUGCCAAACAGAACUGAUGCUGAGCAUGUUUCUGGUGCUUAUGGGACAUCUAUGCCAAGCAAUGACAUUAGUGAGUACUGCAUUGAUAAUAUAAAUGACCAGUCUCUUCCGGAAAUAGUGAUGGAACAGGAGGAAUUAAGUGAUUCUGAUGAUGAAGUUGGAGAAAAUGUAGAGUUUGAGUGUGAGGAGAUGGCUGACUCAGAAGGAGCGGAGGGAUCUGACUCUGAACAGAUGGCCAACAUACAAAAUAAGGAGGCCUCGAAUGUUGCAGUGGAAAAAGUUGUGGCAGACGCAGAUGUUGAUGAUCAACAAGCUGAACCCAUUAUUCGUGGAAAUCAUGAAAACAAUGAUUCUCUGCCCCUAGAUUGCGUGGACGAGUCCAAGCAUGUAGAGAGUAGAAACGGGAAGUCUCUGGCAGGCAAGAAUGCAGCAUCAUCUCGCCCCAAGAGAUCUUGCAGGAAGAUAACCCGGAGUGCACAAAAUGUCUCGAGGCAGCAGCAUCCUGUGUACACCCCGAAACACCUUGCACCGGCUUCUCUUUCUACGACCCCAUUGAGAAAACCUAGGAAGUGUGCACGUAGAACCGAGGCAAUUUUGUCUUAGUAAUGGUGAGAUUGGUUGAGUGCAGCUCUGAUCCUGUAGCAGAUUCAAGUAGUCAAAUGCAAAGAUGGCUCAAAGUUUGGGUCGUGAAAGAGGUACGAAAAUGGUUCCCUGUUUUAUAGGUGGUCUUCUUCUUCUCCUCAGGUUCCCCUACCUCCCUUCUUUCCAAUCCUUGUGUUUGUCAGCGUAGAAGCCCUGCAGUGCUGGUAAGAGCUGCAGGGUGGUCAUAUAUAAAUCUACUUAAGCUGCCUCCUUAUUUUUCUUCUCUGUAAAUAUGGUUUAGGGUUCAUGUUAAUAUAUUGUCAAGUCCAUCACCCAUGCUGGAUCACCUGGGGUGAGGUGAGUCGUCGCUCAACCACAGGCUGGUAACUUGUAAUUUGUUGAUUGAAAGUAUUAGAGAACGUAAAUAUCCGGGCUGCA